AGAUGCUGCUGAGGUAGGUUGGCCCUUGCUAGCCACUUAGCCUCGUUAGCUGUCUAUGGUAAUCCUGCAGGACUGUCCGUCCCUUUCGCUUUUCUAAACAACAGCAGCUGCAUGAGGAGCCCUGAGGUCAUGGGGAGGGCACAGUACCAGUGGUGGUCUCCCGUGAACAGUCGUGUGGAUGGUUUUGGGCUGGAUGUUGACGUCCUUUUCUUUGCUCGGGCUGUGUAGGUAGUGAAGCAGGCAGCGUCUGGAUAACACAGGCCAAGGCCAAGGCCGAGCCAGAAAAAGGGAGGCCGUGGGCAGAAGAGGAGUGAAGACAUCAUAAGCAUUAACUUUCCUCUGGAGUGGCCCACCAUUGCCUGUUCCUUGUCCCUGUGAGCAGAGCCAUGUCCUCCUCCGGCUGCUGUCACCUGCCUGGAUCCCUGUGUGAUUACUCUGGCAGUGCUGAAUCAGAAACCUCCAAAGAGUCAGAGGAGUCCGACUCCACUGCACAGGCACAGUAUGUUGCCAAAGUCACAGCUAAAGAUGGACGCCCACUCUCCACUGUUGUAAAGGCUGUCAGUUUGCAAAGUGAUGUGGGCAUGUGCCGAAUCUGUCAUGAGGGGGCAGGAGGAGAGACCCUGUUGUCCCCUUGUGACUGCACCGGGACUCUGGGUAAAGUGCACAAAAGCUGUCUGGAGAAGUGGUUGUCAUCCUCCAACACCAGCUACUGUGAGCUCUGCCACACUGAGUUCACCAUUGAGCGGCGACCACAGCCUCUCACACAGUGGCUGAAGGACCCCGGUCCCCGCAGUGAAAAGCGUACUCUGCUCUGUGACAUGGCGUGCUUCCUGCUGAUCACGCCGCUCGCAGCCAUUUCGGGCUGGCUGUGUCUGAGAGGAGCUCAGGACCAUCUCCAGCUCAAGAGCAGACUGGAGGCUGUGGGUCUCAUCGCACUCACCAUUGCUCUCUUCACCAUUUAUAUCCUCUGGACACUGGUGUCCUUUCGGUAUCACUGUCAGUUGUACUCGGAGUGGAGGAGGACCAAUCAGAAGGUGCGUCUGCUCAUGCCUGACAUGAAAGGGGGCCACACCACCCAACGCUCCAUGCCAACCAAGUCGACCAAGAAAAUGACUGAUGAGACCAUCGUAUGAGUGCGGAGCAAAAAACGCCCACUGAAGCACUCUCUAAAACUUACAAAUAAACUUUUGCACUUCACCUGGACCAUUUGGAGAGGGACAGACCUUUCUUUUUCUUUUAUGGAAGCACUUGAUGUAUGAUACAACAGUAUUGGGAGACCACUGAAGUGUCUUGGAAAGAACUCAUUGCAGAGUCACAGUUUAAUGACACUCAACGGACAGGUAGAGCUGCCAUAUGAGCUGCUCUGUGUGCAUUGACUUACCAGCCUGACAUAAUGUCCAACACAAACCUAUGAGACUAAGACACAAGCUAAUGUAGCAGGUUAUUACUGAUGCAGCAUGCUACUACAAUAUAAUAUGAAACAUUACUCACUACCUAUAACCCCAUGCCCUGCACAAUGUAUUUAGCUGGUGUUAAAUGGGCAUUCAGUAACCCAGUGGAUGGUACUGAUAACAUUACUGGCACUGCUCCUGGUUAUCUGAAUCCCUUUAAAUUUUAUGGUUAAAGGCUUGUUAUUAUGAAAACCUCAUAGUAGUUGAAACAUUUCGCACAUGGGGUUAGAUUGUAGCAUAAGGUUUUAAAACUGUCCGUUAAACGGGCAGGCUGUGGUGCAUAAAGAAAGUGUUGAAGGUCCAGACAUUUCUUUACAGUUAAACUGGGUGCAGUUUCUAUGACUAUUGUAAAAGCGCAUUACAACAACCCUGCUCCACUUGUAAAUGCACCAUUCAUUCUUUGAGCUGCCUAGCUAUGACUAGUAGUGUUAUGUCCUGUCAUGGAAGAUGAGAUUUAAAAUAAGGGAAAAACAGUGUUCAGGGGAGAAGAUGACAAGUUUUGUCCUACAUAAAACUGAUCAGUACCAGAGUAGGCUGGUAGUCGAGGUGCAAGUGUAAAAUGUGCCAAAGCUUGGCAAUCUUCACUGAUUUGAGAUGUCAAUCAAUGUAUGCAGCACACACUAACAAAGUAAUUUGUGUUGUUGUAGUCUUCCUGCUGCAUCCCUUGGAAAGUUGGGUUAUUGUGCAAUAAACAUGAGGGACUUCUGGA